CACUGCAAUGGCGAUUUUCCUGUCAGUUUUGUAACAAUCGGAUUUUUGUACCUUUUUAACAAGUUUUUCUACCGUCGUGUUGUGUUUAUCGUACAGUGAUUGUGUGGACUUUCAUAAUGUGACGUGAUUCGGACCGAUGAAAGUUUCCCUACAGCAAAAAUCUUGAAACUUUGGAUCCUCGAGGCACAGGUUCUUCUUAAAAGUUUUUACAGGUGGCUUUCUGCGACGGUGGUAUUGAGUGCAGUGAGACGGGUGACGAAGGAAAGGCGGGAAAGAGGGUUGUCAAUAUGACUCCUAUUUUCCUCGUCCUGUUGGUGGCGAUCGACCCAAUUAUCGCGCAAAAUAGUGAACCUCCAAAUAUCCUGGUUAAGCCACGGUCGCAGCAGGUGAAGGCAGGCGGAAUAGCGAGUUUUUACUGCAGUGCCGAAGGAACCCCAUCACCUCAAAUAUACUGGCGAAAGAAUGGCAAGAAAGUUUCACAAUCACAAUCUCGCUACCUCGUACAACAGUAUCAAAACGGUGCUUUGCUGAGAAUCGAACCUGUCAGACCAACUCGGGACAACGUUCUCUACGAAUGUUUAGCUGAAAAUGGAGUGGGGGAUGCUGUAUCAGCAACUGCGCAACUCACCGUUUAUGAAGCUGAAAGUUUGCCAACUGGAUUUCCCAUGAUCACGCAGGCACCAACGACCAAAGUUGUCGAAAUGGGACACAACGCUUUGUUAUCAUGCACUGCAAUUGGAUCACCACCGCCUAUAAUAUCAUGGGUGCGAAAUAUGCUGCCAAUCGACACGUCAAAUCCACGUUACAGCGUUCUGGAAUCCGGAGCUCUGCAAAUCACUGAGUCUGACAUCAAGGACCAAGGAAAGUACGAGUGUGUAGCAAAUAACUCCGUUGGUACCGAAUAUUCCAAGUCGACGAUAUUAUAUGUGAAAGAACGACGCGUUCCUCCUCAAUUCUCUAUUCCUCCACCUGCCGUGAGUGAAGUUAUGUUUGGCGCAUCCUUAAACCUAACCUGCGUUGCUUAUGGUGCACCAAUGCCUUUUGUCAAAUGGAGGAAGGAACCAGCGACCGACAUAACACCUGAUGACAAACUACCAAUCGGCAGAAAUGUCCUUAUGCUAACCAACAUCCAGGAGUCAGGAAAUUACACUUGCAUUGCAGCUAGUGACCUCGGAUUAAUCGAUGCCACUACCAUGGUGAAAGUUCAAUCUCUUCCCGGACAACCAGAAAAAGUUCAAGUUUCAGAUAUUACAGCCACUUCUGUGAAAUUAACGUGGUCUUACAAAAGACCAGAUGAAUUACAAUACUACGUCAUUCAACACAAACCAAAGCAUGCAAAUCAAGCUUACGCUGAAAUAUCUGGAAUCACGACAAUGUACUAUCACGUGAGAAGUCUUAGCCCUUAUACAGAAUACGAACUGUAUGUCAUUGCUGUCAACACCAUUGGACGAGGUCCCCCAAGUGCCCCAGUGAUAGUCACCACUGGCGAAACAACGGAUUCAACAUAUGGAGGUGACAAACCUGGUACGGCGCCACGAAAGGUACAAGUCCGACCUCUUAGUUCCAGUACUAUGGUGAUUCAGUGGGAUGAGCCAGAAACUCCAAAUGGUCAAGUAACAGGUUACAAGGUGUACUACACAACAGAUCCAAAUCAGCCAAUGGCGUCAUGGCAAUCACAAAUGGUAGAUAAUAACCAGCUGACGACCAUUUCGGAUCUAACACCUCACACAAUUUACACUAUCACGGUUCAGGCAAUCACUAGUGUUGGGCCUGGUCCUGUUAGUCCUCCAGUUCAAAUAAAAACGCAACAAGGGGUACCAAGUCAGCCCGAAAAUUUACAGGCAGUGGACAUUGGGGAGACCAAAGUGACGCUCCAAUGGGACAAGCCUGCUCAUAGCGCCGAAAAUAUUCUCAGCUAUGAGCUAUAUUGGAACGAUACUUAUGCCAAGGAAAAGCACCAUCGUCGGAUUCCCGUGACGGAGAACUACACCCUCACCGGAUUGUAUCCAAACACUUUGUACUACGUUUGGUUAGCAGCUCGCACGCAAAGGGGUGAGGGGGCCACAACGACUCCUUAUCCGGUUCGGACAAAGCAGUAUGUACCCGGGGCUCCGCCUCAGAAUGUAAAUGGAAAGGCAGUCAGCCCAACAUCUAUAUUGGUAACGUGGGAUCCUCCACCUGCGGACCGCUCCAAUGGAAUGAUCGCUUACUACAAACUCCAAGUCGUCGAGAGCGGACGGUCCGAUUCGGAAGCCAAGGUCAUCAGACUAAACGACACAAGAUUUGUUUUGGACGAGCUGAAAAAGUGGACCGAGUAUCGGAUCUGGGUAGUUGCCGGGACCAGCGUAGGUGACGGACCUCCCAGUUAUCCGUUGACUGUCAGAACUCACGAGGAUGUGCCAGGAGAUCCUCAGGAGGUCAGAGCUACACCCAUCAAUUCUACAGCCAUCCAUGUAGAAUGGAAGCCACCGAAAUCGAAAGACCAAAACGGCGUCAUACGGGGGUACCACAUUCAUAUACAGGAAGUUAGUGAGAAGAACAAGGACCUUCUGAAUGAGCCGAUGCAAGUCAACAUUCAAGAACUGAAUGUUAUGGAGGCGAAUAUUACGGGUCUUCAACCGGACACAAAAUAUAUCAUACAAGUGGCCGCUCUGACAAGAAAAGGAGAUGGUAAUCGUUCUGCGCCUGUUGAAAUCAAGACUCCUGGUGGUGUUCCCCACAGGCCUGAACUUACAAUAAAAGUUACUCACAGGGACGAUCCGACGACUCUAGAACUAAGCUGGGAUGAACCCACGCAGACUUAUGGAGAUCUGAUGAAUUACAGAGUCAGAUAUGGAGUAAAGGGCCAGAAAUUAAAAGAAGAGAUUGUUCCUGCUGAUCAGCUGAACUACAAAAUUACUGAUCUUAUUGAACGAGGCGUAGACUACGAGUUCCGAGUUGCUGGCAAGAAUCACAUCGGAUUCGGCCAGGAAGCUUUUCAGUACUGGUCGAGCCCAGAAAGUGAACCUACGGGACCACCCACAAACUUAUCCUUCCACUUCCAAACCCCCGAUACUGUUUGUGUCACCUGGGAUCAACCUCUUCGGCAUCACAGAAACGGUCAGAUUAUUCGAUACGAUGUUCAAUUCCAUAAAAAGAACGACCAUAGUACAAUCAUCGAUCGAAAUACGACCACGACGAGAGCCGUAUUCACGAAUUUGGAGGAAAAUACCGAGUACGUUUUUCACGUUCGAGCACACACGCAGCGAGGUAUUGGACCAUUUUCCGAGAAAGUAACUAUCGUCACAGAAAAGGACAUUGGCAGAGCUCCCAUGAAUGUGAAAGCUGUCGCCACAUCUGAAUCUAGUGCCGAAGUUUGGUGGGAACCAGUCCCAAGUCGCGGGAAAAUAAUUGGAUACCAGAUUUUUUACACAAUGACUGCUGUCGAAGAUCUUGACGAGUGGAAGCAAAAAUCGGUUGGCCUAACUGAGUCGGCCGAUUUGGUAAAUUUGGAAAAAUAUGCGCAGUAUGCAGUCGCUGUGGCUGCUCGGUACAAAAAUGAACUUGGUCGACUGAGCGACAAGGUGACUGUUACAAUAAAGCCUGAAGAUGUGCCCCUAGAUUUAAGAGCACCUGAAACUUCGACUCAUUCUAUGACUCUUUCCUGGCAACCGCCCAUAAGACUGAAUCCUGAUAACUACAAAAUUUCGUACGACGCUGUUAAAUCGUUUGUUGACUCUCAGGGACAAGGUCGUACGCAAAUCAUUCCCCGUAAAGAAGUUUUGCUGGAUCAUCGGGAAACGACAGCAAAUAUUGAUGAGCUGCAGCCUUUCACGACAUACAAUGUAAAUGUUACUGCCAUUCCUCCUGACAGAUCCUACAGACCUCCUGCUAGAAUAACUGUCACGACGCAAAUGGCCGCACCGAAACCUAUGGUUAAGCCAGAUUUUUAUGGCGUUCUUAAUGACGAGAUACAGGUGAUUUUGCCUUCGGCUUCUGAAGAGUAUGGGCCCAUUUCUCAUUCUUAUUUAGUUGUGGUGCCGGAAGAUACGUCUUUUUUGAUCACGGAACCAGACGCUCUGACUGAAGAUAUGAUUACUGGAAAGGGUGUGAAAAAUAGAGAUAAUGCGCCUUAUAUUGCUGCCAAGUUCCCACAAAGAUCUACUCCCUACACUUUUUAUUUGGGAAAUGGAGAUGUUUAUGAUGGAUAUGAAAAUAAGAAAUUGGAUAAGAAUAAGAGAUAUCGAGUAUUUGUGCGAGCGGUUGUUGACACUCCAAGAAGGCAUCUCUAUACUUCUUCACCAUUCUCGGAGUACUUGUCCUUAAAUAUGAGAAAAGUUCCUCCAGGUGAUCCUCCGAGUCGUCCCUCUAAUGUAGAGACUCCUGGCGAAGGAAACCCAGAAGUUUCUGUUAAAACUAGUGGCCAAGAACCAGGAAUGGUGUGGGUCGUUGGUCCAAUCAUUGCAGCUUUGAUGGUCUGCGUAUGUUUAGUGCUGUUAUUCGUUGUAAAACAUCGUAGACAACCAUGCAAAACACCAGAUCAGGCAGCUGUCACUCGUCCGUUGAUGGCAGCUGAUAUAAGUUCGAAUCCCGCACCAUCCGAUCCAGUCGAGAUGCGCCGUCUGAAUUUCCAAACUCCCGGCAUGAUCUCACACCCCCCAAUUCCGAUAAGCGAACUUGGCAAUCAUAUCGAGCGUUUGAAAGCGAACGACAAUCUGAAAUUCUCCCAAGAAUACGAGUCAAUAGAGCCCGGCCAGCAAUUCACCUGGGACCACUCAAACAUGGAAGUCAAUACCUCGAAAAAUCGCUACGCAAACGUGAUCGCCUACGAUCACUCCAGAGUCAUUCUUCAAACUAUCGAUGGAAUUCCUGGCUCUGAUUACAUCAACGCGAAUUACUGCGACGGCUACCGGAAACAAAACGCCUACGUCGCAACGCAAGGACCUCUUCAGGAAACAUUCGCCGACUUCUGGAGAAUGUGUUGGGAACUGCGAUCCAGCACAAUCGUCAUGAUGACAAAGCUUGAAGAAAGAACGCGAAUCAAGUGCGAUCAGUACUGGCCAACGAGAGGAGCCGAGACUUACGGACAAAUGACGGUUUCAAUCAGUGAUGUACAGGAGCUGGCGACCUAUUGCAUCAGAACCUUCCAAGUUUGCCGAGCCGGCUAUUCGGAGCGACGAGAGAUGAAGCAACUGCAAUUCACUGCCUGGCCGGAUCACGGAGUUCCCGAGCAUCCGGCUCCCUUCCUUCAAUUCCUGCGUAGAGUUAAAGCUCUUAAUCCCGCCGAUAGUGGUCCACUGGUAGUUCACUGCAGUGCAGGAGUUGGGCGCACCGGCUGCUUCAUUGUCAUAGAUUCUAUGCUGGAGAGGAUUAAGCACGAGAAGAUGAUUGACAUUUAUGGACACGUAACAUGCCUCCGGGCGCAGAGGAACUAUAUGGUGCAAACCGAGGAUCAGUACAUCUUCAUCCACGACGCAUUAUUGGAAGCUGUAAUCUGUGGCAACACGGAAGUGCCUGCUAGAAAUUUACAUUCCCAUAUUCAGAAGCUCAUGCAGCCCGAGAUAGACAUUAUCACAGGCAUGGAGCUUGAGUUUAAGAAGCUCUCCAACAUCAAGGCUGACUCGACGAGAUUCAUAUCGGCAAAUCUUCCGUGCAACAAGCACAAAAAUCGACUAGUCCACAUCUUGCCUUAUGAGUGCACGAGAGUGUGCCUGCAGCCGCAGCGAAAUAUCGAGGGAUCUGAUUAUAUUAAUGCGAGUCUGAUUGAUGGAUAUCGCUACCGCAGCGCUUAUAUUGCGACUCAGGGUCCACUGAAAGAUACGACUGAUGAUUUCUGGCGAAUGCUCUGGGAGCACAAUUCGACCAUUGUUGUCAUGCUCACUAAGUUGAAGGAAAUGGGCAGAGAGAAGUGCCAUCAGUACUGGCCGUCCGAUCGAUCUAUUAGAUAUCAGUGCUUCGUUGUAGAUCCUAUUGCCGAAUACAACAUGCCACAAUAUAUUUUACGAGAGUUUAAAGUCACUGAUGCGAGAGAUGGGGCGAGUCGAACUGUGAGACAGUUCCAGUUUAUUGACUGGCCCGAGCAAGGUGUUCCAAAAUCGGGAGACGGAUUUAUCGACUUUAUUGGUCAGGUUCACAAAACUAAGGAACAGUUUGGUCAGGAUGGUCCGAUUACUGUACACUGCAGCGCUGGCGUUGGUAGGACUGGAGUUUUCAUCACGCUCAGCAUCGUUCUGGAACGGAUGCAGUACGAAGGGGUUGUUGACAUUUUCCAGACUGUCAGAAUAUUACGCACACAGCGACCAGCGAUGGUUCAAACGGAGGACCAAUAUCAGUUCUGCUAUCGAGCCAGUUUGGAAUAUUUAGGUUCUUUCGACCAUUACGCCAACUGACAAGCGGAAAUUCGCGAGACCAGGGAGGUGCCGAGAGAUCGAGUUGAAAGAAGAAACUAUAACAGUGGAGAGAGAGCAAAAGUACGACGGGUUUAAUUUCCUAAGAUAACCGGCAGCUAAUGCAUCACUCAUCGGAUGAAGCCAGUCAAUAUUGUCUAACAAAGGCUACAGUAGUACUCAUUUUUGAAAUAAAAAAAUUUCGCCGAGUAUUCCAAGAAGCAAAAAAGCGAUUACUGCUGACUUUAUGAGCCAACUAAUUAGUAUAAAAGGACGCGAAGGCAGGAUAAUUAAUAAUAUCUCCCGAAAAGUAAGUUUCAGAAUCGCAAACUCGAUUGAAAUCGUUGAAGGCAGUUGUUUUCACUUGUCUCCCAGUGUCGUAAGCGAAAAACUUUCGUCAAAAUGCAAGAUUUUUAGGCGAUAAGAAAUAACGAAGAAAAUAGUGAACAAAAUUCUCCGUCUCAAUUUCGUGAUUGUAUUUGGCAAUUUUGGUAAUAGUGACAUUUAGGUUGAGUGAUUUAGAUAAAAGCGAUAACAUUCGGUUACGCUAAACAUAUCUGACGACGUGCAUAUUGUUGACUUGAAUUUACACUUUUCUAAUUUACACUUUUGGAACUCCUUUAAUAUCUAUUCUAAAUAGUUAGUCUUUUCAAAUUAGGAGAACGAAUUUAAUAAUAGGACCAUUUCUCUUCUUAAAACUCGGCUAUCGUAAAUUCAUUUCUAAAUAAUAUUUGAAGCUACGAAGUCUCUAAAUUUCAAACUUCGCUCCUUACAGUAUUAUGUUUCCAUCAAUACCGUUUUCUAAACCAAAAAUCAUUGGCACCGAUAAACUCUAAAUACUCAAUUCAGAUGUGUGCUUCCUUCAAGAACGACUAUUUAGAUUUUAAAAAAAACACGUCUCAUUUUGACACUUUGUAUAAUGUACAGGCAUCAUUACCUCUAGAAAUGACUACAUGUUUUGAGGAAAGAAAAAAAAAUUAUGAAGAAAGUCAAGAGCUUCGUAUUAAAGCUCAAUUACUGCAGCUGUUGAACUAUUGAAUUGAAAAUGAAAAAAACGAGAAAAAUGGACAUUUCCACUAACAAGAAAAUUGCCAUACUGCCAAACUGACAAUUGUUAAUGCCAUAUCCAAUGUGCACGAUAGGAAACUUCUUAAUACCUACUAUUAUUUCACUCAGAGCAUAAAUAAAACUGUUGUAAGCUUAGUUUAAGAGAUGCCAUUAGGAAUGUGAAGCUGAAGGAUGA